AUGAAAGUAAGUCAAGCAUUGAACCUCAGAGAAGGAUUGAACCCCAAUCUAAAGGAAGUAGUGAAGAAAGAGAUACUCAAGUUGCUUGAUGCUGGGAUAAUCUAUCCCAUCAGUGAUAGCACUUGGAUAUCUCCAGUUCAUUGCGUCCCAAAGAAAGGGGGGAUCACUGUCAUUAAAAACGACAAAGAGGAGCUGAUUCCCACUAGAACAAUAGUGGGGCAUCGCAUGUGUAUUGACUAUAGGAAGCUAAAUUCAGCAUCUAGAAAGGAUCAUUUCCCUCUCCCUUUCAUUGAUCAGAUGUUAGAAAGAUUGGCAAACCACCCUUUUUAUUGUUUUCUUGAUGGCUACAGUGGUUUCUUCCAAAUCCCGAUCCACCCUAAUGAUCAGGAGAAGACCACUUUCACAUGCCCUUAUGGCACCUUUGCUUAUCGAAGGAUGCCAUUUGGGCUGUGCAAUGCUCCAGCUACUUUCCAGAGGUGCAUGACCUCCAUUUUUUCAGAUCUGAUAGAGGAGAUGGUAGAAGUCUUCAUGGACGAUUUCUCAGUCUAUGGAGCAUCCUUCUCCUCAUGUUUGUCUAACUUGUGCAGGGUGUUGCAGAGGUGUGAGGAGACCAAUCUAGUACUCAACUGGGAGAAGUGCCACUUCAUGGUUCGAGAAGGGAUUGUGCUUGGACACAAGAUUUCCGAGAAAGGGAUCGAGCUCGAUCGAGCUAAGGUGGAUGUCAUGUUGCAGCUCCCUGUUCCCAAGACUGUGAAGGACAUAAGGAGUUUUCUGGGUCAUGCAGGGUUCUACAGAAGAUUCAUCAAGGAUUUCUCAAAGAUAGCAAGACCCUUGACAAGGCUUCUGUGCAAGGAGACAGAUUUUGAGUUUGAUGAAGAAUGCCACAAGUCUUGGACCUUGCUGAAGGAUGCUCUGGUAUCUGCGCCAAUAGUACAAGCUCCAAACUGGGAUCACCCAUUUGAGAUUAUGUGUGAUGCAUCUGACUAUGCAGUAGGAGCAGUGCUUGGCCAAAAGAUAGACAAGAAACUCAAUGUCAUCUACUAUGCAAGCAAGACUAUGGAUGAUGCUCAGUGCAAGUAUGCAACCACAGAGAAGGAACUCCUUGCCAUAGUCUUUGCCUUUGAGAAGUUUCGAAGCUAUAUAGUUGGAUCCAAGGUGAUUGUGCACACUGACCAUGCUGCCCUUAGACACAUCUUCGCUAAGAAAGAUACAAAGCCAAGACUUCUCAGAUGGAUCCUUUUGCUUCAAGAGUUUGAUAUAGAAGUUGUGGACAAAAAGGGAGUAGAAAAUGGAGUUGCUGAUCAUCUCUCUAGGAUGCGAGUUGAAGACAUGAUCCCCAUCAAUGAUUCUAUGCCUGAAGAACAGCUUAUGGCAAUCAUGAUCUUGAAGGAGAGUUUUGAUGAGAAAGCCAGGCUGGAAGAAGUUAAGGCUCUGCGUGAUGAGAAUUUGCCAUGGUAUGCUGAUAUAGUGAACUUCAUGGUGUCCGGAGAAGUCCCUAGUAGCUUUGAUGCUUACAAGAGGAAGAAAUUCUUCAAGGAUGCUAGGCAUUACUAUUGGGAUGAGCCCUACUGUACAAGAGAGGACCAGACAGCAUUUACAGGAGAUGCAUUGCUGAAGAGGAUGUGCAAGGAGUUCUAG